GUUCCGUACGUCCGGCGGGAAGCGGUGACGCGGGACGUAGCGGCGGCGUGUGUGUGACGCAGUUGCCCAUGGUAACCCCGCUGCCGCGCAGAGGAUGGGUUUACUGUCAAUCCUGCGUAAACUGAAAAGCACCCCAGACCAGGAGGUGAGGAUCCUCCUCUUGGGACUGGAUAAUGCAGGCAAGACUACACUCCUGAAACAGUUGGCGUCUGAGGACAUAAGCCACAUCACACCAACACAGGGCUUUAACAUCAAAAGCGUUCAGUCUCAAGGCUUCAAGCUGAACGUAUGGGACAUAGGCGGACAGAGGAAGAUCAGGCCGUACUGGAGGAACUAUUUUGAAAACACUGAUAUCCUUAUCUAUGUCAUUGACAGUGCAGAUAGGAAGAGGUUUGAAGAAACGGGUCAGGAGCUGGCUGAGCUUUUGGAUGAAGAAAAGCUUGGUGGAGUCCCCGUGCUCAUAUUCGCUAACAAGCAGGAUUUGCUGACGGCUGCCCCUGCUUCAGAGAUUGCCGAGGGACUGAACCUACACACAAUCCGUGACAGAGUCUGGCAGAUCCAGUCUUGUUCGGCUCUUUCAGGAGAGGGAGUACAGGACGGCAUGAAUUGGGUGUGCAAAAAUGUCAAUGCAAAGAAGAAAUAAAGCACUCUGAGCUGCAUGGAAAUGGAGGAGCGGUGGGAGCAGAAUUCUAGCCUGAAAACACUAAUUUGCUGCUUUCUGACCAAAUGUUUUUCCAUCUGUGCACAGCUACAGCUGUUAAAAGAAAAAAAAAAAAAAGAGAGAGAGGAAAAAAAAGGGAACACCAUCGGUUAAAACCUACUGCUGGAUUUGGAACUUGACCUGCUCUUUAGUAUCGUUUUUUAUCCCAAUAAAGGAAUUAUAUAUUUCCUCCCUAUGCAUAAAUAGUAGUAAAUGUCUGAUUAGCCAGCAAGUUUGUAAGCAGAAGCAAGACUGAUUCAGUGUGAAGCAGAGGGAGUGGUGAGUUACUGUAGUUGCUUAAAUGCAUAGGAGCUGCCCUAUCUGUGCAGGCUUGCAGUUGCUGAGGACACGCUCAGGUGUCAGUCACAGCUUUUCCUCAGUGACAGAUAAAACGUGGUUUUGUUACCAAUUGUGGGUAGUUUCUUAAAAAAAACUGAUAAGGAGUCAUUUGUGUAAUGAGGGUAGAAGACUUCAGCAUAUUCCUAUAGCCAUAAAAGAGGAGUUUGAUCAUAACGAGACACUGCUACAUUGCGACGACGCCGUAGAAGGAAGAGGGUUAUGUGUGUAUAAUUGAAGCUCUUUACAAUUGGAAUAAUGCAGGAUGAGCGUGCCUGGGGCUUUUCUCGCAGCUGAAGGAGAAUUUAGCCCGGCGUUUCACCUUGAGCCAGCAAAAACGUGGUUCCUGUGUUCAGUAAGCUCCAUAUGUGAGAUUAGUCUUGAUGUUGAACAAUCCCUGUUGAUUUUCCCUUGAUGUUAAGGCAACUCCGCAGCAAAAUGCAAUUAAGUCCGUGAUUACUUUCUAGAAUGAGAUACCAGGUCCCAGGCUUCCUCUCUGCAGUGUGCAAAACCCAUUCUCCCGCCCUCCUCAGCAGCCCCGCAUGGAGGUGCCCCCAGCCCGCUGCCAGCUGCAGCUCAGCCGGGUGGAGGUGAGGAGCCCGGCAGAUGGGAAACGCUCUUUAUAGCGAGGGUUUGUUCUCCCCUGAACUGCCUUUCCUGCAGAAGGAUGCGGUUGCUGAGAUAGAAACGCGAAUGCGUUUUCCACCUCCUUGUCCGCGAUUCAAAUCUAUCCCCAGCUGACAGCGGGCAGGAGUCACUUGGCGCGCCAAAGCAGCCACGUCCUGUUGAAGCGAGCGUGGUGACUCCUGGGCCAGUUUCUAACGCACAGAUGGUAAAAUAAUCCCGCUGCCCUGCUUGCCAGCUUUGUUUGCCGCCUGCCUGCGAAAGGCCAGGGCUGGCUGGGGACCGCCCUACCCCUUCCACCUCUUGCAGGCGGGCGGCACGGGGCGAGCUGUGUGUCCUGCGGCAUGUGGCUUCACCACGCACCAGCGAGCUGACUCAUGGAGCCAGGCGGCCAGCUGACACCCCUGGAGCUCCACGCCUCGCUCGUCCCUUCCCCUGGACAUCUCCAGCUCACGGCACAAACAUCUGCACUGUGCGUGAAGCCGCCUCCGUGUUAGAGCCCGGCAGAUUGAAAUUGUCUGGGGCCGCUUCCAGGUCCCCCCGUACAUGGGGAUGGUUCAGGGGUUGGGCUGCGCCUAGUUCAGCUGUCAUUGCUGUGGCUGGGGGCAGAGGGACAGCUGGGACAGCAACUGCUGCAGCGAUCCAAGUGUAAUCUGCCUGCGUCUGUGAGUCAGCACCCUGAGUGCAUCUGUCUGCAGCCCAGGCGGGACGUGCAGACGGAGCGAUGCAGCCUGCUGCAAAAAGCAGGGCUGGGAGGGGAGCGGAGGCUCCAUCGAGCUGUUAGGCAAUAGCUAAUGACACAAAGAAGUGACACGCUUCCAGUUGGCGUGCAUUGAGCAAGGAGUCGUGAGGAGAGAUGUUCAUUUAAACAGAGCAACUGUGUUAGCUUAAGGGGAGCCUCAGGAAGCUGAACCCUCAUGUUUCUGGAGCCAAAGGAGGAGAAAUGUAUCCCAGCACGUGUAUGAGAGAUCCCCUUUUUCUCCAUAUCCGCACAUAUGCCUGAUGAAAGUGCUGUAAAGCAUUGCAGCCGCUUCUGGAAGGCACUCUUUGCUCUGUGGGAAACAGUCCCAAGCUUUAGGCUGGCACUGGGUGCUGAGUGAAGUGCUUUGGCUUCUCUCCUCUGCCCCAUCAGAACAAAACCCCCCUGGGGGCAGAAGGGAACCCUCCUCACCUGCAGAACUGCAGAGCUAAGUGCUGCCCUGCUCUCUGCUACUUCUGUAGGCUCCCAUCAGUUAUACUUGGAAAAUGUGUAUAAAAUGCUGUAAAUUUACUCUUGCUCCAGUUUGGAAGGAAAAAUUGCCUUACUGAACUCAGGAUCCAGAAGCGUUUGCUGGCUCAUUCCUUAUGUUUGCUGGUUGCUUGGUCCUGCUCCAGCCAGAGCUUCGCCUGUCAUCUGGUAGAUGAAUGUGGUCUACCUGGGAGGAUGGAGGUGGAGGGUUACAACGACUGAAGUAAAUCAUCUUGCAGCAAUGGCCAUAAAUGCUCUCUGUACUGUAAGCUCUGUGUAUUGACCCGGUAGAAAUGUAAAGGGAUGUGGGGUCCUGCUCACCUGCCACUCUGCCCCCAGCAGCACCCGGCUCAGUACCACCUGUGAAGCUGGGAACACAAACGCUGCCCCUCUGCCUCCUGACCCACGUGCUUCAUGCUAAUGUCCUGAGGAGGCUUUGUCCUUCCAACUCUGCUUUGCCCUCUUUGAAGUGAGAUCCGAGCAAAGCAAACCAUCUCAUUGGUAUGGGUGGAGCUCUGCCGCACAUUGCAUCGAUUCAUAGAUUUUUAAAGCCAGAAGGGACCAUUAUGUUCCUCUCUCCUGACCUCCCGCAUAACACAGCCCAUUAAAUUCCACCCAGCCAGGCUCGCUGCAAGCUCGAUGCCUUCGCUUGAAUGAGAGCCCCUCUGCCAGGCAGGCAGCAGCCUGAUUUAAGGCUCCGAGUGACGGCCGACCCCAGCCCAGGCACGAGGAGUCUGUCGCAGGGGUUAAUUCCCUUCCCGGGGGGAGGCUGUCGUGCUUCACUUUCACAUCAUUAAAUCUGGUUUUACCUUUGUGAUAGAUUAAAGACGCCUCUCCUGCCCAUUGGUGUUCUCUGGAGGGGAAAGAUGAUGGAGAAGUGAAAUUCUCCAAGGGCACAGCAGGAAAUGAGGCUCUGAUGUUUGCAGCGGGAACUCGUGCUCAAACCCCAGCUCCCCAGUUGGCUCCGAUGGAGAAUUUCUCUCCUUCCCUCGCGUUGUUCCCCACACCCCAGUGCCACCCCUCAUGUGCUAGAGGCGUUUUUCUCCAUCAGAACUGUACCUGA